AUGAAAGCCAAAGCCGCAAACUCGCCUUGCAUCAUUUUGGAAAGUGACGACAUUCAUACGGCCUGGGACAGAUUUAGAUCAUACUUGAGUGAGCUCUCCCAAAUACCACUGUCUGGCAGGAAUAAAACUAGGGCAAAGCCACCCUUGUUUGAUUCUGCUGUACGCAAACAACUUAACAGAUGUGCCAGAUGUUGGCGUACUUGCUUAUCUGCUCCUUCAUCAUGCACCUUCAAGCGCUACCGAGACGCUCGAAAUGCCUGCAGGCAGCAUCUACGAGGUGCUCGUCUACAGCAUGAAGUAGAGCUAGCUCGUAUAGCCUCAUCAAACCCGAAACGCUUCUUCGCGUAUGGCAACAGACGAAACAACAUGAACUCGUGA